UGCUAAUUUCCAAAAACAUCGAAGAAGAAUUGUGCAUGGCCUAAGCUAGAAAACUGCUGCAUUGUCCCAUUCCUGCUAAUAUUUCAGCAACCAUGUCUUCAGCUCAGCAUCUCAGAGAGUUUAUCAGAGAGAGACUAACUGCUGCUGCUCAAGAAAUCUUCACCGAGGUUGAAAAAACCAUCAUUUGCUACGAGGAAGAGCUCGAUGCUCAGCGCAGGAUGAUGGGGAUCAACUGGAAACCAGAAAUUAAGCUACACAGAGUCGGUUCGGAGCUGCAGAGACAAAGUUCUGACCUCCAACAGCCAAGUGUCUCCAAUGAGGAAGAAGCUUCUGCCAUCCAACAAGUCUGUAGCCUGGCAAGUAGGUCCAGUCAGGACCAGAAAGAAGCAGAACAUCAGUGGACUGAAGAGGUACAGAUGGAACCAGAACCAAAAUGGAUUAAAGAAGAAGUGAAUGAACCAGAACCUGCACUGCUGAAACAUGAGGAAUUGGAUUAUCCACUAACAAAUGUAAAAAACGAGGAGUUAGAUUGUUCCGUGCUUCAACAUGAACAGGAGCCACCAGAACAUUUACCAACUGGACAGGACCAGAAGAACCUCUGCAGCAGUCAGGAGGGAGAGCAGCUUGUCCAGAAGCAGUUUGCUGCUUUGAUUGAGACUUCUACUCUUCAGGAAGAUGAUAUGAAUGAAGAAGAGACAAAAACAGAGCAGUUUUCCCUUCAUAUCUCUCCAGUGGUUGAGAGCAAAGAUCAGGAAGGAAGCAGCUCCUCUGAGUCAGAGAGUCAGUCUGGUACCAGUACAAAGAAAAGAUCUUUCAAAUGUGACAUUUGUGGGAGAUGUUACUCACAACAGAGUCAUUUUUUAAACCAUUGCAGAACUCACACUGGUGAGAGACCUUUUUCAUGCCAAUCAUGUGGAAAAGAUUUUUCUCAUAUUAGUAAUUUUUAUCGUCACAAGAAAAUUCAUACAGGUGAGAGGCCUUUUUCAUGUGAAACAUGUGGAAAAAGUUUCACUAAUAUGAGAAAUGUAAUUUGUCACACGAAAAUUCAUACAGGUGAGAAACCUUUUUCAUGCCAGUCUUGUGGAAAAAGUUUCUCUCAAAUUAGUACUUUAAAUGACCACAAGAAAAUUCAUACAGGUGAGAGACCUUUUUCAUGCCAGUGUUGUGGAAAAGGUUUCUGUCGAAUUAGUCAUUUAAAUAACCACAAGAAAAUUCAUACAGGUGAGAGGCCUUUUUCAUGCCAAUCAUGUGGAAAGAGUUUCUCACAACGUAGUGAUUUAAAUCGUCACAAGAAAAUUCAUACUGGGGAGAGGCCUUUUUCAUGCCAGACUUGUGGAAAACGUUUCAUUCGAAGUGGUCAUUUAAAUCGUCACAAGAACAUUCAUACAGGUGAGAAACCUUUUCAUGCCAGUCAUGCGGAAAAAUUUCACUCGUCUUAGAAACUUAAAUCAUCACAAGAUAAGUCAUACAGGUGAGAAGGGUUUUCAUGAUAAACAAUAAAUCAAUCAGCAGUAAAUAAAUAUGAGCUUAAUAAUAAAAUGAUGGCUAUAAUAUUACUUCUUUGUUUUUAUCGUCUCUCCUAUGAAGAAACUGGAUGAGAAAAAGUUUCACUCCCGUGCCUCCUGCUAUUCCCUCCCCUCUCGUUUUAUUGGUAGCGG